AUGCAACAACAGAACGCACUCUUCUUGGAGUCAAAGCAAGGUCAGUUUGUCGUGAGGAAACGUCCGGUGCCUACACCUGGAACAGGAGAGUUGUUGGUCAAGGUCUACGCGACCGCUCUUAACCCUGUCGACUGGAAGAUCCAGCAAUUUGGGAUUUUCGUUGAUAGAUAUCCCGCCGUACUGGGAUCGGAUAUUGCAGGCGAGGUGGUGGAAGUAGGUCAAGGAGUCACCGGCUUCACUAAAGGACAGAGGGUCCUCUCGCAUGGACUCCUGACAGAAAAUCAGGCCAGUUACCAGCAGUAUACGCUAACAACUUCCACUUUCUCCGCCGGGAUCCCGCCAAACCUGACGUAUAAUCAAGCAGCUACCGUGCCGUUAGGCCUUGAUACGGCUGCAGUAGGCCUGUAUUCCGACACCCUGGGCGCCGGACUUACGCCGCCGUGGAUGGAAGGUGGGCAAGGAAAAUACCCCGGAAAACCAAUUCUGGUCUACGGCGGUUCCUCCUCCGUGGGGUGCUACACGAUCCAACUAGCUCGUGCCUCGGGAUUCUCGCCCAUUAUUGCGGUUGCAUCCAGAAUUCAUGAAGAAUACCUCAUAUCGCUUGGAGCAACCCACGUCAUUGACAGGCACGGCAACAGCGACGAGUUGAAGAAAGCCAUUACCGGCACCGCGGUAGCUCCCAUAGAGAUUGCGUAUGAUGCUAUCUCGUUGCCGGACACACAGCAGGUUUCCUUUGACGUCCUUGCGCCCAAUGGGACUCUGGUUACAACUCUUCAGCCUGUCGUCAAAGAGGGUCAGGCCAGUGGUCGUAAAGUUGUGGUAGUUCAAGGGACCCCCCACGCUCCAGCGAACAAGGAUCUAUGUCAGGAGGCAUGGAGAGUCCUGGAACAGUGGCUAGAGGAUGAGAUCAUAAAGCCGGGCCCGUUCGAAGUUUUACCCGAUGGGCUACUUGGAAUCCCGGAGGGUCUGAGGAGGAUGAAAGAAGGCGACGCAGGUGGUGUAAAGUUGGUUGCUCGUCCUCAGCAAGAGUAA